AUGCGUAACACUACCUGCCGUUUGCCCAACGGCCAAAGCUACACGGUGACCCCCGUGUUUGGUGGUGUCAACUUCAAGUCCAACGACAUGCACUUGAAAGACUCCAUAAUUCCUCCCGGGUGGACAAUUAUUCUCUAUACCAACCAAAACCCCGAUCAGCCGGCGCAGGAUUCCGUGCCCCCGGAAGAAGAGCGCGGUCGCUCUCGGCAUGCACAGGGAGAGGUAGAGGAGAAGACACGCACCACUCGCUUCACAACACCAACAUUGAGCGAUGACUGUUUCUACAUUUCGUUUAUCGUCAAUCCGCCCAGUACUGACUUCAAACCUCCCGUCUCUCCGACUCGUCAGAUUGCGAUGAUGAUCUGGGUGAGCCUGUACUGGUACUUCCACGAGCCCGAGCCAGACCUCCACUUGCAGACGGACGCUGCAUCUCGGGAAUGGCGCAUCCAUCUGAAGAGAGAGGGGAUCUUCAAGGGACGCAACCUGCUGCAGAAGCUGGAGCGCAUGGGACUCAUUGCAUCAGAGGAGUCUUCCGUUGGGCUUGAACCGAGCGAGACGCGAGAGUCCGGUGCCUGGUCACGGAUGUUCGUGAGCCGACGCAGUUUCUGGCAGAUUGACCCCCGUCUUUUUGUCUUCACGCUGGUUCCCGCGAACCCACUGCAUUCUGCUCCGUCCUCGCCUUUUCUGUCUCCUAGAUUUGCGUCGCCAUCGCGCGAGAGCCCGCUGCCAGGUGAGUCUCUGGCGUCCCCUGGGGGGAAGGACUUCCCACUACACAUGCCCAAUGAGGGCCCGUUUGCUUCUAGCAGUCACCUUCCGACAUACUUUCCCCCGCCACCAACUCAGUACACGUUCACAAACGGACUGCGGCACCCCGUCAGGCCUAAGCCGCCCCACCAGGGAGAAGUGUUCUACAUCCGGUUCAUUCCCAGCGUCGGGCAGUACCUGUCAUUCCGCGUGCCGAUUCUAUCCUCUGCGAUGCCAAAGCGGGGCCAUGGUCAUAGUCACUCGACGAGCAGCAUUGAGCAACCGCCUCAGAACACGCCGUCUGACCUAGACCUGCUGCACAAGUGGAUGAAUGACCCGCGCGUGAAUGCAGCUUGGGGAGAGGGCGGUCCAAAAGAAAAACAGGAGGAAUUUCUUCGCAAUAAUCUUACCAGUCGCCACAGCUUUCCCGUCAUUGGAUGCUGGGACGGCAAGCCGUUUGGGUACUUUGAAAUCUACUGGGUCAAGGAGGAUCGCUUGGGAGCGCUUAUCGGAGGAGCGGACAAUUACGACCGGGGAAUUCACUUACUGGUGGGAGAGCAGGAAUACCGUGGGUCACACCGGGUCGCCAUCUGGCUCAGUGCAUUGGUCCAUUACUGCUGGCUUGCGGAUCCGCGGACGCAGACAGUCAUGCUGGAGCCACGGGUGGACAAUGAGAAGAUCAUUCAAUAUCUUCAAAACGCGGGAUUCUACAAAGAAGGAGAAGUUACAUUCCCCCAUAAGCAGUCAGCUUUGAUGAAGAUAAAACGCGACUCUUGGGAGAGCCCAGUUCUAUAGACGGCCUGGGCCUGUUUUGACUUUGUUCGUCACUUUCAUAUCUUGGUCUUUGUAUAUACCCCGGCAUCUUACAGCAUAUUUGGCAUGGCGUGGGCCUGUUUGCUUUAGAUUGCAUCACACAUACGCCUUUGCUUCAUGCAUUGAGGGAUUGCAACAGCAGUGGUGAAUGCUAGGAUCAUCUACAUUCACUUGAGGUUGAUGGUUCAGAAGAUUCCGCAGCAUAUAAACCCCCCUCUCCUCUUCCAAUCUGAAUCUUUUACUGUGGUUCAUUCACUUUAGAGAUAGCAAGACGGCUCAUUCCAGACUAUUCACUAUGCGAGAUAAACAUGGCUUCCUUCUUACCUCCAUAUUUAACCACUGAUUCUUCAUCAUUUAUUCUUCCACUGCCACCAAAAUCUUCAUAAUACCAUGGUCUGUUUGGCACAAUCAAGUAGCAUCUAGU